CCAUCGAAUUUCAUCUUUCCCAUCAAGUUGAAACCCCUUCGACCUAACACUCAGGCGCUCCAUGACGCACCUCAAAUGCGGCUCCUCCCUCGGGCGCCCUGAUGUGCCCUGAUGUGCCCUAAUGCGAACCGCCCUGAAGCUCACUCUCGCGCCUUCUAAUUGGCCCCCAUACUUCAAUUGCCCCGACUCUCCACGCCAGCGUCCGAUGCGGAAACGCUCGAUCCACAGCGGCGCACCGCCAGCCCUACAACAGCGAUGCGAUCAAUGGACAUAUUCUAUCAUUUGGUGUUUUAGGGCUGAAAGAAUGGUGGAACCGGGGGAAAGUUGUGGAUGAGAAGUUAUCAGAAGGCUGUAUAAGUACGAGGUUGGGUACUUGAGAAGAUGGUAUUAACAGAGCUUUCAUAUCGACUGUGUAACAUUCCAUCUCCAUUAUUAUCAUCUUGAACUUCACCAAAAUGGCGCAAAACCCCCUCCGCCGCAUCCUCAUCUCCGGCGCAACCGGAAAACAAGGUGGCGCCCUCAUCGCAGCCCUAACCUCUCACCCAACACCCACCAUCCACAUCUACGCCCUCACGCGAAACCCCAAAUCGCGCUCUGCACAGGCCCUGGCUUCCAACCCAAACAUCACCGUCAUCACAGGCGACUUCUCCAACCCCCCGGCCAUCUUCGCACAGAUCCCCAAGCCAUGGGGUUUCUUCAGCGUGACGAACCCCAUGAACGCGGCGCGCGAGGAAGCGCAGGGCAAAGCGAUGACCGCAGCCGCCGUCGCCGCAGGCGUUAGGCACAUCGUGUUCACGGCCACGGACCGCGGGGCGAACAGCGAUUCCUCCGCCACCGUGGUCCCGCACUUCGCGAGCAAGUUCGCCGUGGAGCAGGACAUCAUUUCAAAGAGCAAGGAGAGCGGGGGUAGCUACACGUUUCUCCGCCCGGUGGCCUUCUACGAGAACCUGAGCGAUGAUUUCCUCGGCAAGGGCUUUGUGAGCAUGUGGCGGCUCAACGGGUCCUCCUCGCGCAUCAAAUUCGUAUCGACGAAGGAUAUUGGGAAAGUCGCUGCUGAGGCGUUCCUCAAUGCGGACGCGGAGCAGUACAAGAACAAAGCGAUUGCGCUGGCGGGCGAUGACAUCUCGCUCGCAGAAUUCGAAACCGCGUUCAGGGAGAAAACGGGGAAGCAGUUGCCAGAAACAUUUGGAGUCGUGGGGAGGGGACUAAGGUGGGCCCUGCAUGAGCAGUUGGGGAUUAUGUUUGAUUGGUUCAAGAGCGACGGGUUUGGUGUCGAGGUGCGGGAGGUCAAGGGUGCGUAUCCGUUCUUGAAGGACUUCAGGGAGUGGUUGAGAACGGAGAGUGCAUGGCGGAAGGCAUAGAGGGAUAGUCAUACUGUUGUCCACUAUCCAUCUCUGGUCUGUCUGUUUACGUCCUGGCUAGGUUUGCCUAUUGUUUUAUUUUGCUGUUGUGUAAGUUCGUAUUCCUCCUCAAGAUCACAGGUCUUUGUUCAUGGUUGCAUCGAUGGAAGCAGAACUAUGGUCCGUGUUGGGUAGUCAGCGUGUAAGAAAUGUAGGCUCGGAAUUCGGACAAAUGCACGCGUUGUCCUGUGAGCGAACUUUUGUGCUCAAUCGUGCUGCGUAUUCGAUGGCUUCGUAUGUCCUGAUCACCGGGUACGAGACGUAAAACUUCACAUUAGACUUUCA